ACAAACUGAUCACGGUACUUCAGUGCCAUGCUUACCGAGUAGUGUCGCCUUAUGGCAUAACAACACUAGAUUUUUUAAAUUUUUAUUCAAAUUUUAUAAAUUUUUCUUUUAUUCCGAAAAAUCUUUUCUCUUUUGCUUCAUAAAAUAUCAUUCGUAAUGCUUCAUGGCUUCUAUGUUCAGUGCCGCUCUUCAAAUAUCCGAUUUGAAUGAUUUUAUCACUCCGUCUCAGGAAUGCAUCAAGCCAAUUAAUAUACAGAAGAAGGGAAACUCAAGUGGGUCGAUCCUUAUUUCUGAAGAUGGUGAAUAUUACGAGACGAAUGAAGGUGGUUCAAGGCAGAAAUUGGAAAAAGCGAAAAUUACAUUGAAUGAUUGUUUAGCAUGUAGUGGAUGCAUUACCUCAGCUGAAAGUGUUUUGAUAUCUCAGCAAAGUCAUGAAGAAUUCUAUCGCAUAUUGAAUGAAAAUAAAAUCCAAGUAGAAGCCAAUAAUCAUGACAAAAUGAAAGUGGUAGUUGUUUCCAUUUCCCCACAAUCAACUGCUUCAUUGGGUGCAAAAUAUCACUUAAGUUUUGAAGAUACUGCUAGGAGGUUGCAGAAUUUUUUUUAUAAACUUGGAGUGAAGUUUGUUUUUGAUACAACAAUAGCAAGAGAGUUUGCCUUAAUUGAAAAUCAGAAGGAAUUUGUUUAUCGUUAUAAAGUUAAAGAUAUUCAAAAGGGCAUGCUUCCCAUGUUAUCUUCUGCUUGUCCAGGGUGGAUAUGCUAUGCGGAGAAGACGCAUGGAGACUAUAUUUUACCCUAUUUGAGCUCUGUAAAGUCUCCUCAGCAAAUUAUGGGAUCCCUAAUUAAAGAUUAUUUGGCUCAGCAGCUUUGCAUAAGACCUGAUCAAAUUUAUCAUACAACAGUCAUGCCAUGCUUUGACAAGAAGUUAGAAGCUUCCAGGAAUGACUUUUAUAGUGAAAAGUAUGAUUCUAGAGAUGUUGAUUGUGUUAUAACUUCCAUUGAAGUUGAAGCAAUGUUAGAAAAAGAGGGUGUACGGUUAGAUGAAAUAACUUCUGCAAGUUCAGCAGCUUCAAGCCAACAAAAUGUAUUUGGAACUGAGUUCUACUCUCACAAAGGAAGCGCUUCUGGGGCAUACUGUGAUCAAAUUUUCCUUUAUGCUGCUAAAGAAUUGUUUGGCGAAGAAGUUGUUAAUAUGGAAUACAAGACUUUACGAAAUCAAGAUUUGAAAGAAAUUGUUUUAGAAAAAAAUGGAGAAGUGCUACUACGUUUUGCAAUUGCUAAUGGCUUUCGUAACAUACAAAAUAUUGUGCAAAAGUUGAAGAGAGGAAAGUCUACUUAUCAUUUUGUUGAAGUUAUGGCCUGUCCUUCAGGUUGCAUUAAUGGUGGUGCUCAAGUCAGAGCUGUUGAUGAAACACCAAAGGAACUGUUAUCUAAAGUAGAAGAGAUUUAUCAUUCCUUACCAGCAAGGAAUUCAAAGGAAAAUGCUGUGGUUCAAGACUUAUAUGAAAGAUGGCUAGAAGGGGAAGACUCAUUGAAAUGCAAACAAAUGUUAUACACUCAAUAUCAUGCUGUAGAAAAAAUUAGUAGUGGUUUACUUAUAAAAUGGUGAAAUGAACAUAGUGCAUUGAGAAAUUUUGUUUUUCUUCGUUUUGUCAAGUUUCUAAAAUAAUAAUUGAGUGGAAGCCUCUUAAGAAGGAACAAUGUUCUAAAAAAUGAAGCGAUUAAAAGCAAAGGGGUGGAAGUCCUGAAAUUAAACAUUUUGGUAUAAUUAAUAAAAAUGGUAGAAGAAUCUUUUCUGUGUUCUGGGGCAAGCCCAGAUUGGUAGAUGCUGCUGUACAGCAUGAUUUUGAAAAACUUCUCAAUGAAAACCUAACUCUGAUUUGAACAUGGCAUGUAUUUUACUCAAAACUUUAAAAAAGUUCACUUUCAUCCCUUAGCUUCUUGCAGCCUUAACGUGAAUAAAAAGUAAGCACCAAAAAUUUUGCGCAUGACUUAAAAAUUUCAACAAAAUUUUAGGUUUUGAGCAAACAUUACAUUAGAAGACCUAAUUUUCCAAUGAGAGUAAGAAGCUUUGAUGUUUCGACUAAACGGAAAAAGCCUAACCAGAAAAUUAUGAAAUCUGGGAUGCUAAAUUCCUUAAAAAUAUUAUCAAUAAGUUACAGUCUUUGUGAUUAGAUACAGUGAAUGGAUACCUCUUUAUGUUAUUUAGGUUAAUGGUAUCAGUCAUUUAAAGCGAUUUUUAAAAAAUCGCUUAAUCCUUUCCGGUUGUGUAGAAGUAGAUACAUUAAAAAAACAUCAUUUUUUGUAAUAAAAGCAUUGUUUAUUGUUAUCAACUUAAGAAAAUUAUUUUCUUUAAUCAGCAAUAAAAUCCGGGGGGAGGAGGACCUCUCUUGUUCUUGUUUUUCUGAAACUUUCAUUGUUUAUUAUGAUCAACUAUUUAUUGUUAUCAAAUUACUUUUGUUCUAAUGUGGUCACAUUAAGCAAGUUGUAAUGUGAAUUGAAAAAAUAAAUAAGUAAAUAACGUUUGGCAAAACCAAAUGUUCGAGAGGGAAUUAACCCCUUCAGACCUGGUGUCUGGUAUACCGGACAACCACUUUAAACAGCUGCUAACCAUUUAAUAUUUGAUUUAAUUAGUUGAUUAUUUUUGUAGUUGACUCUAUACAUUCUGCUUAUUACAAUCUGUGAAAUAAAUUUUCGUUUUGGGAUCGACAACUUUGGC